AGGUUCAGCGAAAUCGCCAGCACCCUCUCUCUCACGCCAGAAUUUCAAGACGAACCACAUUUGCUCCCCGCGAUAAUUGUGAAACCAGUUGACUUUGUUAUUCUAACGGCUGGUGUUCUUCUGCCGCAUGCAAAUUCCUCAUUUGCCCCACUAAAAAUCCAAUCCUAUCGAUUUCGAAUUGUCAGUGUAUCGAUAGGUGUGGUUCAGCAGCGAAAUUUCCAUUACAAUAUGCAAGGAGACAGGAUUGAAUCCUGGACCAAGGUACUGGAGUUCUCUGGUCAGGAUGUUUUGGCAAGAAAUAUUCGCUAUGAAGCAAAUAUCCUCCAGCCGGAAAACGGUAAAAUCGACCUACAGGCCGUGAUAACAUUCCAGGUUAUUCAUAACAUCAACCGAGGUGAAAGUAGGUUUUUCACCUUACCCGUGAACUUCAGCAGAAUUGACUUAACUUUAUCACGCAAUGGACCCCUUACAAUAUUCCACAGCCUUAGAAAAACAUCUAAGGUUUCGUCACUCGGCAAUUGUAUUACUCAAUGGAACCUUGAGGCUAAAACAAGACCCGAACAAUCAUCUGAAACCGUGUACUUCACGUUAGUCAAGAUGCCCAAACAUGGUCAUGUAUACCUUCUGAAAGAUGAAGAUAAGGUAUACCUAGGAGUGGGAUCUGUUUUCAGGCAAAGUGAAAUCAAUUCUGGCCAGCUGUUCUAUAAAUUCAGGCGGGUGAUAAAGGACUGGUCAACUACAAAAUUUCAAAUUGAACAGGGUCUGAUUUACGUGCGAGAUGAAUUUCGUUUCCGCAUACAUGUUCAUUCCUACAGACCCACAGACGAACACAUUUUCAGCAUUGAUGUGCUCGAGGCAAGCCAAGAUUCAACAACUGAUUUACCUUUCAUGAACCUUCCCCUUGGUCUCCAUAAACAGUUGGGCUUUGUCCACAAAGAUGGAUUUCUGCCUAUCGUCCGCCCUCUAAUUGAUAUAAAGGAAAAUUACUGUGCAAAGCUGAACCUCUAUUGGAACUCAGUUACCUUAAAGUCACCACCGAAAUUCGAGUUUAUAAUGGAACUGUUUGAAAGUCCACGCAGUGGAAGGUUACACGUUGUUCAACCAGACACAAACUGUGCAAUCGAGACACGUCUCUUUCCUAUAGUCAUGAGCGUGGACGUCAACCCCGAAGACGUCCAAAUUCGGGUGGUUUGGCCCCCAACGUCCGGGUGUUUGCUGUCGGACGGUCUUCCUGCUGCAAAUUUCAACUAUUCAGUUGUGCUUAGGUACAGUCUUGCUUAUUGGCAAUGUAAACCUAUCAGAGACCGAGAGUUUAGCAUUGCAAACGUGGAAGAUCUGGUGAGAAGCAGUUUUUGGAAUACAGUUCUCUUCGUUGAAAACUUCGAUACUUUCACCCUGGAAGUUGAUGUUGCUGUCAAACGGCGGCCUCAGUGGAGUGGACGUGUGGAGGUAAAAGUGAGGCUCAUACUAGAAGAUUUGUCGGCUUUGGGACGCAUUACGUUUCAUCCUCGUGUAGAUGCACCCUUAGUCAAGCCUCGGCGCAUUAACUCCACAAUGUAUCUCGUUGAGCCCGGUCCAACCAAGCACUACGAGGUUCACGUUUCAAGAAGUCCAGUCCAGCUGCGCGAUAUAUUUCAACCCCAACUAACGGACUUGUCGGAUUCAUCGCGUUACACUGUUUUAAAGUUCCGGAAUUUAACUGUGACUGUCGGCGAACAAGUAUCCCUGAAGGACUCCAAUUUGAACAUAGCAGAAGUUGAUGAUGAAGGUGGGGAGUCGCCGGUUAUCUCGUGCAGUGCUUUCGAGUUUGAAUCCUCUUCUGACGCUCAACAAACAACACAGUUAAAUGAUCAAGUUUUCUUAGUUAAGGAAAAUCCAACUUGCGGGAUGAUUGUUUCAAAAAGGCUCGAUAGACGAAUCGAAAUCUUUUCGCGGAAGAAUAUUCAAGAGGACGAUGUGUACUUUGCACAUAAUGGAGACGAAUCGUGCGAUUACGCUAGUGUGACCCUAGUAGGAAUCAUUCGGGGAAAGGUGGAAACACAUGUACCACGACGAACGUUGGUUUUCUUUGUCAUGGCAAAGAGAAAACCCGUUCAGUUAAUCCGCCGAAAGGAGCCCCAAGUAUGGCAAGGCUCCGUGGUAGUGCUCACACCCGCGCAUUUGGCUGCCCAGAAAACCAUCACACCUGGUGGAUUCGAAACCGGUGACCAGUCAACGGUGAUCAAGUAUAAAGUCCUGAAAACCACGGGAGGCAUCUUAAAAUCAACCGGAGGGAAAGGUGCUCCUGUUAACGCAUUCACAAAUCAGGAUCUACGACAGGAGAGCGUUGCCUUCUCCCACGAUGGGAGAUCCUCCGAGGCUGGCUUCAACUUCACCGUGGUACUUGGCGCCUUCGAAUCUCAAAUGUAUUAUUUCUCUAUCCCCGUGAAAAGUCUCAAAAGUGUCUCAUUUGGUUCGCAGGCUGCUGUAGGCUACUUCAAUUUGGUUUCCAACAUUAGCAUUACAAACCUCAAAUCAGUCGCCGCAGUAUCGAGUGACGGCGACACCUACGAUUUAAUUGGCGCCUGUGAAACUGGGGGUCUAUACGUCCGUUUCUCUACUUCGAAACCUUCCAAGUUGUGUCAAUUUGUGCAUAGCAGCCCUGGACGUCGUACCACGACUCGACGUAUGGAGUCAUUUACACAAUGUGACAUUUUUCACGGUCGUGUCAAAUUGAUGUGCUCAUCGCCAAGGCACACCUCGGCUAGUGGAGAAGAAACCUUCACUGAUGCGAUUGAGCUGAAGGCAUCGUUGCUUGAUGGUGCAUCGGGUGCUGUCAAGCCUGUUUCACUUGCCGACGGUGAAAUACAGCUUAAAAUCAACCUUUACAAGGAGCAACAAAGUGACCUUGGAGGGCUUGUUGGCAUCAAAAGUGGACAGAGGCAGGAAAUCGCUCUGGCAAACGCGAAACUGCUUGACACCUCCUUAACGCCUUAUCACGUACGUGCCUUCUAA